AUGAACCUCAGCAGCACGAGCAGCGCGGCCGAGAGAGUGCCCAGGGCCAUGCUCUGGGGCUGUGAGCUAAACCAGGAGAAGCGGACUUGCACGGUCAAAGCCCAGAAGGAGUGGAAGCAGGACUGUAAGCUGCUGCUCAGUACGAUAUGCUUGGGGGAGAAAGCCAAAGAAGAGAUGAACCUCGUGGAAAUCCUGCCGCCAGCCUGCCAGGAAGACAAGAAGACCAAGCCCAUCACCAUUGCCUCGCUUCAGGCCUCCGUGCUACCCAUGGUCGUCCUCAUGGGACUGGAGCUUUCUCCUCCAGUCACUUUCCAGCUGCGGUCUGGCUCUGGGCCUGUGUUCCUCAGUGGCCAGGAACGUUACAACCUACCCUGGGAAGAGGAGGAGGAGGAGGAGGAGGAGGAAGAAGAAGGUGACAGCGAGGAGGUUGAUGAUGAUGAUGAUGAUGAUGAUGAUGUAGAUGUGUCCCUAGAGGAGGACACCCCUGUUAAACAAGUCAAAAGGUCGGCGUCCCAGAAGCAGACAAGCGUUGCCAAGAAAAAAAAGGUGGAAAAAGAAGAGGAGGCAGUGAGAUCCAGUCUUAAAGACAAGAGUCCUGUGAAAAAGGCCAAACCCACAUUCAAACCUAAAAAGCCCGGAUCCAAGAAAUGAGGGGCCAGGAGGGUCCUGGCUGCAGUGACCGAGGGAGAGCCAGCUAAAGCACCGUGCAGGCUGGCCUUCCUUCCUCGGCACGUUCUGCAGGCUCCCCCCCC